AUGAGCUCGACGCCUGCCACCGCCAACGCCACCGCUCCCGCUCCGCGCACGCCGCACCGCCUGACGCUGGAGGAGAAGGUCUGGAUGGACCGACGACGCAACGACAUCGAGUACUGCUCGGGCGUCGGCGGCGCCAUUGGAGCCGCUGUCACCGCUGCCAUCACCACCCUUGGGCCGUUCCCGAAGCGCGUGCAGUUCUUCGCUAUUGCAGGCGGCGUCCUCAUUGGCGGAAGCGCCGGAUACCUCUACGCGGACAGCAAGGCGCUCGAACGCGUGCAGGACCUGAGCGCCAGCAGCACUCUGCGCAAGCAGUACCAGCAGAUGUGA